AUGACGCCUGCACAUUCCAUGUAUUGCCUGCCCACGCUGUCCAUUGAGGAGCUUGACCAUGCCCGAAUGCGCUGUUUUUCUGGCAUUCCUAUAGAGAAAGACGGGCUAAAGGGACAAAUGCAGGAAAUAGGAUGUAUUCUGUGCUUUGAGGACCUCGACUGCGACACGAGGUUUCGAGAACUGCCCUGCCAGCACAUCUUCCACAAACCAUGCAUUGACAACUGGAUGACGCAACGAGAUGCAAGCUGCCCGUUGUGCCGCCGAACGUAUUAUCACUUAAAACAACCGAAUAGUCCCUUGGCAACACAGCCCAAUACCCAUCCUCGCGGCGUGGAACUUUCUGUUGCAAAUCUCAUUCGAAACGGGCACCCACGGUUGCAGGCGUCAUCGUCAUCCGAGUUGAAUGUCACCUCCAGGGAGACUGCACAUUGCAGUGGGCCGUGGGAGGCUCUGAAGUGGUGGAGAAGACAUCGGCAACGACGGAGAACCGCGAUUGAUAACACCAUCGCCGCUCGCGAGUAUCUAAGAAAUGGAGGGUAG